AGUAGUAUAGUACUAUUAUCAGUGUACGCUACUACGCUGGAAAGAUGCUGUGCUAACGGCGUUUACAGUUGAUAUCUUUUUUUCGUGACUUUAUGACGUGUCAUAUUUUCACUAUUAUAAUUCACGAAUUUUGAAGUUCACAAUCCAUAAUUCGUCCCUGUAUUAGUUGUACUGGUUAUAUUAUACCUUUGUGUUUUUGAAAUACAUUCUUCUUUAUGUAUUUUUUAAAGUAUAAAAAAUAAUUAAACAUUUGACGUUCAUAGACUCAAGGUAUCGGGUUUACCUAAUUAUUUUAUUUUAAUCGUGUGAUAUUGAAGAAAUGGUUACCUAUAUUUUUAAAAUGUUUUAUCAAUAUAAAAUCGUAUUAUAGUGUAGAAUAAUUAAAAUAUCAGAUCCGCUUGAGUGUAAUUACAGUUGUAAAGCAAAGAUGAAGCCCAAUUUCAGUAAAUUCAUUGAUGAUUUAAAUUACGUGCUCCAGGAUAAAGAAAACUUUGGACUCUCUAAAAAAAAUGAAAAAUCGAGCGACAAAUGUGACAAAAAGAAAAAAGAUGACGAAGUUAUUGGCGUAACAGAAUCAGUUAGCAGCCAGGAUAAUUUGAUGCUGCAUUGUACCGAUAAACCACCAGUUUCAAAACGAAAAUUGUCAUUGAGAAUCACAGAAAAAGAAAAAUAUUUGUCAACUGACAACGAUAUUGAACUUAUACCAAAAGAGAAGAAACUGAUUCGGUUGACAUCGCCUUCGGUUUUAACAUCGCAUAAUAAAUCAAUAAACAACAAGUGCAUAUCAAAUAAUAAUAAUAGUUCCAUUAGUUGUCGUGAAAAAAAACUCAAAUUUGAUCUUUCUAAUAAUGUGAUUGAUAAUAUAGAUGAUAGAAAUAGCCUUAGUUUUAAUAACGAUAACUGUAGCGAUGAGAUAUUUGAAGAACUUGAAAAAGAACUAAUGGAAUUAGGCAGACUUCCAACUCGCGAGAAAAGCGUUAAUCUUAAUGACGAUAUUUCAAAAAAUUGCAAAUAUUUUAUUAAGAAUUUUGAAAAAUGCCAAUCAACGGCUAUUAUAGACACUAAACAUAUGCCGGAAGAUUUAGAUUUAUUGAACUAUAUUAAACAUUUGAAAAGCAAAUUUAAAUCAUUAUAUAAGCCAAAACGGACGCGGUUUUAUAAAAAAUUAGUUAAAACACCAAAACAUUUUGAAGUUUUUAAUCUUAAAGAAGGGUAUAUCAACAUUACUGCUGAUAAGGGUAUGGUGAAUUUAUAUGACGCUUUAAAAUCAUUCGAGAAAAAACACCAAUACACCAUCAAAUUUGUAAAAUCCAAUUUGGGCGAUGCACUUAAACGUUACACCGCUAAUCGUGAUGUAUGUUGGGAUGUGGUUCAUUUAGAAUCAAAUACCGAAGAAGAUUUGUUGAAAUAUAGAUUAUGUUAUGGUGCUAUUCCGGAUAAAUAUAUUUUGGAAUUGGAAAUUAUCGUUUGCCGUCUUUUAUUGAGUAAUUUACAUGACGAGAACAAAACAUCAACCGACAAUGUAAAACAAUUAGUAAACAGGGAUUACGAUUUACUAGAAGGUGAAUUAGAAUUACUGGUUUUCAAUUAUUGGCAAAAAUCUACGCGUGAUAUGUUCGAGUAUAAAGAAGAUGUAAAUCGUAAAAAGACAAAAAUGGUAUUUUAUUAUAUGUAUAAACAAUUAGAAACCAAUAUUUUACUCAACGAUUUUGGUAAAAAUGAAAAUCGAAAGCUCGAGUUUAUAAAUAUAUUGAAAUUGUAUAAAUCAUAUGCUGCUUUUGAAAACCAAAAAAUAUUGACUGCGGCGAGUUUGGCUUAUGUAAAAAAUUCGGCAAGUAAAUUAGUUCCAUUUUUAGGUGAACAAUACGAAUUGUGGUCAGUUUUUUUUAUGAAAUUAAAAAUGCACAGCACGGCAUUUGAGUUCACUAUAAAAGCUUUGUUAGAAGAUCGAGACAAUACAUUUCAAUAUCUUUUUACGCGGGUGUCGGAAAUCAAUCAAUUUAAUAUCUCUGAAUCUGCAAAGAGCUUAUGGUAUUAUGGUUUAGAGCAGAAGGUGAACCCUCUUGUUAAAGUUGAAGAUACCGUUAUUACCAAAACCGAUGUUGUGAAUUGUUUAGGCUACUAUUUCUCAAAACCAAAACAUGUGCCUCGAGCCCUGUGUGUAAAACUUGAUAAUUAUUACUUUCUGUACAUACAUCUUUUUACAACAUUUAUUAUAAAUAACAACCUAUACAAAUAUCAAAAAAAAUUGACAGUUGAUAAUUGCAAACAAUUUUUCAUAUUAAACGACCGAAGGUAUCACAAUUUUUAUUGGGAAAAUUUCAUUCCUACUUUUGAAACUAAACGCAUGGUUAUUGCAAUGAAAACUCUGCUCAACAAUCAGCUGAAUGCCCGUCUCGAUGGCGAUAUCCCGUGGAAAAUGACGAUGGAUGCAGAAGUUAUAUAUAUGUUUUUCGAAUUGGUCCAUCUACAUUUAAAUUAUACGCUGACACCCGCGAUGCUGCGGGAAGGUCCUGCUCUCACUGACGUGCAGUGGGCAAGUAUUUUUAUAUCAGAUAUAGAUAAAAUGGAAAUGUUUUAUCUUAACGGGUUGCGAUGGGACGACAAACCAUGGAUGUUGGGCGGUUCGCCAGAUGAUUUAGAUUAUGAUCCGGAAACCGAAGAUUUUGAUGAUGAUCCAUUAAAACAAUUGUGUAGUGAUAAGCUUUCGUCUGGUGAUGCAACCGACGACGAAGCGAGUGGAUAUGAAUACAGUUCCAUGUCCGAAACAUCGACAGACGAAGAGACCGAUUUCAAUUCAGACGAUAGUGAAGUUGAAGUUUCCUUAACUAAUGAUAAUAUGAUAAUGGAAAAAAAAAUGAAAUGUCUGUUAGCCGAAAAACAACAGCUAAGCCAUUAUAAAAUAUUUCCAAAAAAAAUUCACAGUAGUAUUGAAAAAGUAAGUUAUCUUCGUAAACCAACUCAAAUUAAAUCAAAAGUAACCGUCAAGAAGAAUAAAAAGUUAAAUCUCCUCCAAGUCAAAAACCCGCCGUUGAUAGAAUUAAAAGGUGUACAGACAUUAAAAAUGGAACGUUGCAUGAUCGCGGAUGGUGUAUUGGACGUGUACGAGUUGAAAAAUAACGAAACGUACGUGACUACUUCGGAAGGAUUCAAAACAUUUGGCUUGCUUUCUAAAAAUAGAAUAAAAACUGGUAGUCGGUCUUCGAAAGGUUGUACCCUGUGUCCAAACAGUAAAAUAGCGUCAUAUAAUAUGUCGGUUUCAGAAAAUGUAGCCAUUAAGUGUUGUUUAAUGUGUAUCAAAGAUGUGGCGAAUCACAUUAAUUCAACAAAAAGCACUUUCGAAAAAUUACAAAAUGUACUGAUAAACCGCAUACAUUUUAGAUUUAAAUCACCAAUAUUAUUUGAUAAACAUCGUAAAAUAUUAAAAAAAAUUCCUCCAUUAUUGUCGUCUAAAGAUUUGUACUACUCUACGUUCAACAUUUUUGAUCCUAAAUACGGUAAACGUUUAUCUAGUAUUGACGUCUACAAACAUUAUUCUACACUUGAAAGUUGAAAAGUGUCUACUAGCUGUUAACUAUUUUUAUUUUUAAUAAGGUAUAUUAAAAAGGUAACUAUUUAAUUACUUAAUUAUCUUGUGUUUUAUAUUAUUAAAAAUUAAAAUGUUUUGUAAAUAAUACAUGUGUAAUGUGUAUUAUGUUUUAUAAUUGUAAGUUUAUACAAUAUUAUUUUUAAAAAAUUGUUGAACCAUUAAAAUACCAUAAGUGAUAAUUGAAUAAAAUAAACUCAUCAACAUCCAAAAAACUAAUACAAUUUUCAUCAUUUUAUAUUUAUUAUUUACUCAAUAUACACUUAAUAAAUAAAAAACUUACUCAUUUUUGUACUACCAUUUUAUUGAUUGUGUGUUUGUUGUAGACUUAAUGUAAAAUAAUAGAUAGUUAAUAAUUUUAAAUUUAAUAUUUUGUGUUUUAUUUUUUUAAGUUGUGUCUAAAGAAUAUAUGUUUUGUAGAAAUAUAAAAUCAAUGACUGUUCUAACUUCUAAGUAAGCAUUAUCAGAAAAAACCUGAUAAAUGUGUUUUUGGGGAAUUUUUACAUGAUAAAAUGACAAAUAUUAAUGAAUACAUGAUGUUUUGAAAUAUUGACUUUUCUAUGAUAAAUUCAGUAAUUUAUUUUUAUUGAUUAGAUACCUAUAUGUUGUACAAUUAGUAUUUUUGUGUAAUAAUAUAUUAUAAAUAUACUGGUGUAUAUUUUUUCAAUUUUAUUACAAAA